AUGAUGAACUCGACUCUGGUCUUGUGGAUUCGUCUCGGGGGUUUUUACGACGUGGCUCAUCUCAGAAGUUUCUACAUGUUUGUGGUGGUGGUUCUGUAUCUUCUCAUCUUGUUCUCCAACGUUCUCCUGAUCUGCUCCGUCGUUCUGCAUCGGAACCUCCACGAGCCCAUGUACGUGUUCCUGUGCUCGCUCUUCUUCAACGAGCUCUACGGCAGCAGCUUCGUGGUUCUGUUCGUCCUGGUGCAGAUCUCCGGAGGUUCUCACGUGGUCUCCAGGUCCCUGUGCCUCCUGCAGAUCUUCCACAUCUACUCGUACGUGUCUGUGGAGUUCACCAACCUCGCCGUGAUCUCGUACGAUCGUUACGUGGCCAUCUGCCGCCCGCUGCGGUACGGCGCGCACAUGAGCCCCGGGAGGGUUCGCGUUCUGCUGGUUCUGGUCUGGUUCCCGCCGGCGUUGGCCGUCGGCGUCACGACGCUCCUCACGGCGUCUCUGACUCUGUGCGGCGACGUGAUCGAUAAAGUUUACUGCGACAACUACAGCAUCAUCAAACUGUCGUGUCGCGACGCCGCCGUCAACAACUGGUACGAGCUGGUGGCCGCGUCCGUCACCGUCUUCUGCCCCCUGGCGGUCGUCUUCUACACGUACGUGCGGAUCCUGCGCGUGUGCUUCUGCGGCAGCGCGCACACGCGUCACAAGGCCGUGAGCACGUGUGCGCCUCACCUCGCCUCGCUCCUCAACUUCGCGUUCGGCGUUUCCUUCGAGGUGAUUCAGACGCGUUUCGACACGACUCACCUGCCCCGAACCUUCACCGCGUUUCAGCCGCUGUACCUGCUGAUGUGCCAAGCACUCUUCAACCCACUCAUGUACGGCCUGAACCUGCAGCACGCCCGCCGCGCCGCCAAGCACCUGCUGCUCACCGCCAUGACAAGCACCUGCUGCUCACCGCCAUGA